UAGGCUGUCAGUCCACGCAAACACGUCGGUAAUGUUGGUCUAUUUCCUAACCUCGCGUGACGAAUUCUUUGUUUCGUUACAUUUUGUGUACGUAUAACAACAGUGAUGGAAAAUUCGUGGAACAAAUCUUCGAUUACGAAUCGUAAACGAAUCGUAACAUUCGAGGACGAAUACGUACGACGUAAAUUUACGCGUGUCGAUUAGAAAGAAAGACGUAAACACAUCGAGCCACACAAUUCGCCACAAUUCUUCGAGCUAUGGAAGAACGAACAACGUACGGAUCGUCGAGAAAUCGAGGCAUCCUUUGCAAGUUCGAGGUUCGCGUCGUCCCAGGGAAUCCGCUAUGCCGCCCACGUCGUCGCCGAUUACCGGGAGGUAUACGUGAAAGUUUUCCACAUCCCUCUUCAAUUUUUACGAUAUCCACCCCACGUAUGAAGAAAAAGGGACAUCGAGGGGAAGCAAACGAGGCGGGCGGCACGGAUCGCAAAUCCUGCAAUACGGUAGUCGGUAGGCGGUAUGGCCUACCAACAGGCGCAUACAGGUAUACGCAAGCUCUUUGUCGGACGGAGGUGGAGUACGGGUUAUAUUGGCGCCACCUCCUGCACGGUUAAGCGAGCGACCAGGGCAGACUUACGCCUUACGCCUCUCUCACUCUCCAACCCCACCCUCUGCCUCGCCGCGCUAUCUCGCUCGAUCUCCCUUUCUCUCUCCCUCUCUCCCUCCUUUCUCCACAGUUCCACAGUCCGUCGCUGCUCGUUCUCCCUCGCUGCUUUUCCCCUUCCCACCGCUCCGCUCUCUCUUCCACUCUUUCCUCUCACUCUCUCUCUCUACCUCCCUCUUUCUCUGCCCUCCCGCCCCUUCCUCGUACACGGCUCGUUCGCUCGCUCGCUCGCUCGCGCUCUGCCCUCCUCCCGUCCCUCUCUCCUCGCUGAUGCUGCAACUCCGGCUCGGCUAACCCAACCUAACCCGCGGGCCAACUUCAUUCCACGCCGACUGACCACCACCGACGGCCGUCGUCGUCCUCGACGCCGUCGUCGUCGUCGUCAUAGAACGCGGGUCACGCGACACGCCGUGUCGACGUC